CCUGCAGCAUCUCCUGCCGAGUCUCAUCAGCCCGUGACGCCGGGGUGGCGCACUUCUCCCCCGGUCUGCACCAGCCGGAGCCCCGCGCACAGUCCAGCUUCCCCGGGAACAAGCGUGUUGUUGGUGCCGUCCACAGGUCUGACACCAUGAUCAUGAGGAGGAUCCCUGGCGGACACUUGUUGUGCUUCCUCCUGCUCUCCCUCCAGCUCUCCUGGGCAGAGGACACGAAGACCAGCCUGGGGGAGACCGAGAAUCUCACACUUUGGAGCCCUGCGAAGACCAGACGGCUGUUUGCGAGGCAAAAGAUCGCUUCACCACAGCAAAGUCACGCCCUUAAGCACAAAUCAAACAUCAUGAACCCCGCGCGGCGCUGUGGCCGCCUGAUGGAGAGCUGCUCCUCGCACGUCCCGUGCUGCGACCCCUGCGCCUCCUGCCGCUGCCGGCUCUUCAACACCAUCUGUCACUGCUGGAGGAUCAACCCCCUGUGCUUGAGAAGGACCUAGAGGGAGCGCGGGGGAACAUGUGUUUACAACAAACCCACGCCUGGACACAAUGCAGUACACAUGUAAACACAGAGGUAACCACAAACAACAGAGCCCCCAGGAAUUUCUGCAUUUCUGCACAAGAACGAUCUGAAACGUCCCCAAGUUUUCACACAAGUUGUGAAAGUUUUCAGAAAAAGGGUACUUUUAAUCAUAUAAGAUUAAAGUUAUUAUCCCUGAACAUCAUUUACUGAGGAGGUUCAUCUAAUAUUACAUACUUGUGACUCAUAAGAGCUGGAUGUUUUGAAGACUUUACCUCUCAGAGUGGUUUUAUCUGUUAACUUUGUUAAAUGUGAAUACAACUAGAAUACAAUUAUUUGUAAAUGUUCAAAAACCCAUAUUUUAUCCACAAUAGAUCACAGAAAACAUAUCAAGGGUUAAAAAUGAGACAUUUUAUCAUAUCAGAAAAACAUUAAAUCAUUUUGAAUUUGAUGGCAGCAACAUGUUUCCAAAAAAAACGUGGAAAAUGGGCAACAAAAGGUUGGAAAGGUGUGUGUUGCUGAAGAGAGACGUGGAGGAAUCUAACCAGGUUAACUGGCAACGUGUCAGUGACAUCGAGUAUUGAAAAUAACAUCUUAGGGAGUCAAAGACUUUCAGAAAGUCUGCAAAAAAAAUUGUAUGAAGACUCAGGUGCACGUCACCUUCAGUUCUGACAUGGCAGUGAGAGCUGACAUGAUUCUGAUUUAUAAAGCGAACAUUGCGUGCAAGUGUGCGUGCACACGGUUUUAUAAAUCCAGAUUUUUUUUUGCGCCCGCCAUUUUCGGCUUUUGAGUUUACGUGCACUUUUAGUAUGACUCCUACACACUCUUUUAUAAAUGAGGCCCCUGAACAGUAUGAACACCGUCUUCUACUGUGCACCUGAGAUGGGCAACUAGCAGGUGAUCAGGAGGUUUUUGCUGAAUGUGACAAAAUAUGUUCUGGGAUACAAAGCCAAUAGAAUUGCUUACCCUACCUUUAAAUCUCUGCAGUCUAAAGCUAGAAAGUCAUAGGUGAACACGGCCCCGGCGCAGGCAGCAGGGACAGCCAGUAGUGGAGGGGGAGAAGAGGAUGUCUCGGAAUAUAAAUAACAUCGAUGCAAAUUCAGAUCAAUGAUCGACUUUGU